AUGAAUAAAAUUUAUAAAUCUGUUAUAGCUUGUUAAAAGACAAAUAACUUUUUUGAUUCUUUAUAAGAAGUUUUGAGAAAUAAUAUUCGAGCAUUUUUAUAUACAAGAAAGGAUGCAGAAUCUAAGGAAAAAUGUCUGGUGAAGUUAAUGUCUUCAUUUACGUAUAAUUUGAUGAUAGCGUUUCUGAGAUGGAAAAAUUUUAAUAAAUAGCAAAAGAUAUCUGAAAAAUUGGGAGAUGAGAGAAAGAAAUUUGUGUUAAUCAAUCUCUAAAGAUUCAUUAAAAACUGUAAUUUGAAUAGAUUAAGAAGAAUUUUAAAACUAUUUUACAUUGGGUAACAAGUAAAUUAGCUAAUUAAGAAAAUACAUCUAAGAGUUCUGUAAACUCAAAUAGGAUAAGUUGAAUUAUCAUUUUAAAAAUGGAAAUCAUUACCUGGGGAUGAUGCCUUGAAUAACUAGGCUAGAGUAAGUAAAUUUGCUAUUUCACUUGGAAAAAUUGCUUUUAGAUUUGUUAAAUUAAACUCUUGGGACCAAAUAGAAAAUGAAUUUUAAGAUGGAUAAGUUAAAAAAAAUUUUGCAUUAACAAAAUUAUUGCUGUCACCUAAAGUGACUUAAAAAAAGCCUUUUUAUUUUUGCAUAGAAAAGCUUGGGAGAUGA